GUAGGAGCUGGUCAAUGACAGAGUGGGCGGGGCUGCAGGCCCAGCUCAGCCCCCCACAGACUGACAGACCAGCCUCGGCCUGGUUCGCUCGGCGUCUGUUGUUUCAGAAAGGCGCACCAUGCUCCGCACCGUGAUCUCCAGGACUCUGCCCCGCCUGAGCAGCCGACCGUCGGCCUGUCGCUUCUCUGCUGCCGCCAUCCCGGCGCCCAGCACCCAGCCGGAGGUCCACUUCAACAAGCUCUUCAUCAACAACGAGUGGCAGAAUGCAGUGAGUGGGAAGACUUUCCACACCAUCAACCCUGCCACCGGAGAGGUGAUCUGUGAGGUGGCUGAGGCUGACGGGGCUGACGUGAACAAGGCGGUUAAAGCAGCACGUGACGCCUUCAGGUUCGGGUCACCAUGGCGGCGGAUGGACGCCUCACAUCGCGGCCUGCUUCUCAGCAAACUGGCUGACGCCAUCGAGAGGGACUCUGCCUACCUGGCUGAGCUGGAGACUCUUGACAACGGGAAGCCAUAUGCCGUGUCUUACCUCGUUGAUCUGCCCAAUGUGGUGAAAUGUCUCAGGUACUACGCAGGCUGGGCUGACAAAUGGGAGGGAAAGACUAUCCCUAUCGACGAGACUUUUUCUGCUACAACGAGACACGAACCCAUUGGAGUCUGUGGACAGAUCUCCCGGUGAGGGGGAGGGGUCAAAUGGAACUGCCCUCUUCUGAUGAGGGCGUGGAAGCUCGGCCCGGCCCUGGCCACAGGAAACCCGUGUGUGAAAGUAGCCGAGCAGACGCCGCUCACAGCCCUCUACGUAGCCAACCUCAUCAAAGAGGUGGGUCACCUGAUCCAGCAGGUCGGCAGCAGCAACCUGAAGAAAGUCACUCUGGAGCUUGGAGGGAAGAGUCCUAACAUCAUCCUGUCUGACGCCAACAUGGCCGAUGCCGUGGAGCAGUCCCACUUUGCUCUGUUUAAUCAGGGUCAGUGCUGCUGUGCCGGAUCCCGAACCUUCGUCCAGGCCGACAUCUACGACGAGUUUGUGGAGCGGAGCGUGGAGAGAGCCAACAAACGAGUGGUGGGAAACCCGUUCGACUUAAAGACGGAACAGGGUGUGCAGGUGGAUCAGGAGCAGUUCAACAAGAUCCUGGGGUACAUCAGCAGCGGGAAGAGAGAGGGAGCCAAACUGAUGUGUGGAGGAGAGUGGCUGCAGACCGCAGGAUACUUCAAUCCAGCAACCGUGUUUGGGGACGUCCAGGACAACAUGACCAUCGCCAGAGAGGAGAUCUUUGGCCCGGUGAUGCAGAUCUUAAAGUUUAAGGAUCUGGAGGAGGUGGUGACCAGAGCCAACGAUACUAAAUACGGCCUGGCAGCAGCUGUGUUCAAAGACAUCGAUAAGGCCCACUACGUGUCCAACGGGCUGAGAGCAGGAACAGUCUGGAUUAACUGCUAUGAUGUGUUCGGGGCUCAGGCUCCGUUCGGAGGAUACAAAGCUUCAGGAAACGGCAGAGAGCUUGGAGAGUACGGCCUGGACAACUACACAGAAGUUAAAACGGUGACCAUCAAGGUACCACAGAAGAACUCGUGAGCACGUGCAGUGAGCUCGGUCACACAGGAGGCAGCUGAGAAGAGCCUUAACAUGAACAAAGAUUUU